AUGGACUUUCUUAAGUCUGCUGUCGCUUCUGCCAUCGCCAAGUCCAGCUCCUUCCCUGUUACCAUCGGAGAUAGAAUCGACAUCGGGGAUUCCAUAUGGACGGUGCACAAUGGCAUCAAGAAGGACGACGGCUCCGCCUGCUGUGUGUUCAACUUCGACAUCAAUCAAAACAAGUCUCGCUUGCCCCUAGCGAAGAAUGCAGCCCGGAAACUGCGAACCUUGCGACACCCGGGCGUCAUACGUGUCAUCGACGUGAUCGAGAACGAGACGAACAUAUACAUCAUCACGGAAAAGGUCACUCCUCUCGGGUGGCAUGUCCGGCGCAAGAGUUUGAGCGAGGAGACCAUAAAAUGGGGCUUGUACAGUGUGUCUUCUACGCUCAAGUUCAUCAACAAUGAUGCCUCUUCAGUGCACGGAGCUGUACGGGUGUCGUCAAUAUUCACAAGUGAGAGCGGAGAGUGGAAGUUGGGAGGGUUUGAAGUGCUCAGCUCAAUGAAUGAGGACGAAGCCAUAAUUUACAACUAUGGAAGCCUGCUACCAGACUCGAAUCGAUAUGCGCCUCCCGAGGUAGUCAAUGGCGGCUGGUCCGCUAUCAAGAAGAACCCGCUGGGAGCGCCGGAUGCGUACGGGCUCGGCGUGCUGAUCUUCGAGGCGUUCAACGGGAGUUUCAUGGGAAACGAUCAGCUGGGACAGCCCAGGAGUAUACCUGCCAACAUGGUGCAGAGUUACAGGCGGCUCAUCAAUGCCAACCCCAAGUUGAGGUCGAAUGCUGGACAGUUCGUCGACCUAGGGAAGAAGGCUGGAGGUUUCUUCGAGACCCCUCUCAUUCAUAUCACAGAAGGAGCAGACAGCUUGGGCCUGAAGAAUGAACAGGAAAGGAACGAGUUCCUCGGGGAGCUUGAGAGUCUUACAGAUGACUUUCCAGAAGACUUUUUCAAGAUAAAGAUCCUACCGGAGCUGCUGAAGUCAGUCGAAUUCGGUGGCGGAGGCCCCAGUGUCUUCAGUGCCAUCAUGAAGAUCGGCCUCAAAAUGUCCGACGACGAGUUCGAAUCACGGCUUGGGCCUGUCAUCAUCCGCUUGUUUAACAGUCCCGAUCGAGCCAUGAGGGUAUGCUUACUCGACAACUUACCGCUCAUGAUAGAUCGCAUACCACAGAAGGAUGUGAAUGGCAAAAUAUGGCCUGCGAUGACUGGCGGCUUUACUGAUGGCGCUCCGGUGGUGCGAGAGCAGACAGUGAAAGCCGUUCUUUCCGUGAUAUCCAAGCUAUCAGAUCGCGUUAUCAACGGAGAACUUUUACGGUUACUCGCCAAAACCGCAAAUGACGAACAACCUGGGAUUCGGACUAACACCACGAUCUGCUUGGGGAAGAUUGCCAGAAACCUCGGCGUCAGUUCAAGAUCCAAGGUAUUGAUCGCAGCUUUCGGACGGUCACUUAGAGACCCUUUCGUGCACGCCCGGAGUGCAGCUUUGCAGGCGCUGAGUGCAACCAUUGACGUCUUCAGUGAUGAUGAUUGCGCCACCAAGCUCUUACCCGCGAUCUGUGUCAGCUUGGUGGACAAGGAGAAGUUGGUCCGCGAUCAGGCGAACAAAAGCGUAGACACCUACCUAAGCAAGGUCCGCAAGUAUGCGGCAACCUUGCCUGAGACUGUUUUGCCGCCGGAACAAGGACCAGGAACCAACAGUGCCGCCUCCGCUGCUCCUGCAAGAAUAGGCAACCAGAGCGAUACAACUUGGGCGGGCUGGGCAAUUUCUUCAUUCACAAACAAGAUGGCCGGCGCGAAAGGAGAGAUGGCCCCUGCAGCGACCGCAAACGGAGCUCCUCUGCUUCAAACACAAUCAUUGCCAACAUCCGGACGAACAACCCCGACAAUCAAUGUCAUCCGCGAGAAAUCGACCACAACUUCCUCGAGAGUGCCGACUUUGCAAACAACAAGCACACCAAUACCACCUCCAGAUCAGGCCGAAGACGCUUGGGAAGAGGAAGGUGACACUCUGGACGCAUGGGGCACCAUGGACGAUGAAGGAGAUAGCUUCUUCGACGCAUCUUCUGCCACAAAAACGUCAACACCUGAGCCCGCCCCUGCUUUCGAUGAUGGUGGUGAGCCGGACUUUGCUGGGUGGCUGGCAGCGCAAUCAAAGGCGAAGUCACAAAAAGCACUGCCGAAAGGUCUAGCCAAGCCAACUACCGCAGUCUCCAGUUUAAACGUUCGUCCGGUCGCUCCUGCGAGAAGCGUGUCGGCUGGUGUUGAAGCUACAAGCGCCGGCUCCAAGAGACCGACCGUCACAAACACCAAACCCACAGCUCCUGUGACUGCCAAGAAAGAGAUCAAGAAAGAGGUUUCCAAGCCCAAAGAACCUUCCGUCAACGACGAUGACUGGGGUGAAGCUUGGGACUGA